AUGGCGGCAUCUUCCUCUAUCAAAAGUCGCUUCCCCGUCCCCUCGGGCGCCACAGCCACGGUCUCUAUCAUCGACACCACGUCCCGCAUCGGCCGCAUAUCUGUGUCUUAUCUGAUGGAACCGCCCAUGCCAGGCUUCGACACCAUGCCCGAGAUACCGUCCUGGUCGUUCCUGGUCGAGUCCAGCACCACGGGGAAGAAGGCGCUCUUUGACCUGGGCGUGCCGCCCGAUUGGGAGAAUUUUGCACCUGCCGUGAGCGAGGCGUUGAGGACUCGGGGAUGGCAAAUCUAUGCCGAGAAGCAUACGAGUCAGGUCCUCGAGGAGAAUGGGGUGGAUUUGAAGGGUAUCGGGAGCGAUCCAUCCACAUUCCCUCCCUCGACCGAAGUGGUAGUAGGCCCGGGAUUCAAGGAGGCUUUUAUGCCGGGCUAUCCUGGCAAGCAAGAUUCUCCAGUGCGUGAAUCUGAUUUCAAAGGACGGGAACUGCGGGAAAUCACAUUCACCGAACCCGGCACGCUCCAGAUCGGCGACUUCCGAGCCAUCGACUUCUUCGGCGACGGCUCAUUCUACCUCCUCGACACCCCAGGCCAUGCUGUCGGUCACGUCUGUGGCCUGGCCCGCACAACUUGCGAGCCGGACACGUUCAUCUUCAUGGGCGGCGACCUGUGCCACCACGGCGGCGAGAUCCGACCAUCCGCGUACAAGCCGCUGCCGAGGGACAUUUGGCAGCCCGGGCUACAUGCACUGGCGAAAGUAACGCAUAGUCCUUGCCCGGGCGCCGUGUUCGAAGCCAUCCAACAGAAACGGGGCAGGUCGCCGCCGGGGACGAAGCCGUUCUUCGACCCGGCUAUGGGCCUCUCGAUCCCCGAGGCGAUCGCGACGAUCGAGAAGGCGCAAAAAGCCGACGCAGACGACAACGUGCUCUUCAUCUACGCCCACGACGCAACGGCGCGGGGCGUGGCUGAUUUGUUCCCCCUCACCGCCAACGACUGGAAGAAGCAAGGCUGGCGCGAGGGCAUGUUUUGGGCUUUUUUGGCUGAUUUUCGGGCCGCGUUGCCAACCUGA